CCUCGGCCUUUUCUCCUCAUACCCCCAGAGGAAAGCGGUCAGCCUCGCCAAGCAGCUGACCCAGCUACGUGCAGCCAUGGAUGCAAAUCCGUCCAGUUGCACGAAGCCCCAGCCCUCCCCAAAGGCCUCCAGGACUGGCGUGAACCCCAAGUCAAUCCUGGUGAACAAGACCCUGCAGCAGGAAGCCCCCAGUAUGGUGGGUGACAGGUUGCCACCAAAGACCGGCGCGGUGGUCGUCGACAUGGGCACGGGCACCUGUAAGGUGGGCUUCGCGGGGCAGGCCCGGCCCACCUACACCGUGGCCACCAUCGUGGGCUCUCAGCCCAAGAAGCCGGCCACCAGUGGGCAGCCGGUGCUGGAGACUUUCAUCGGCGAGGCCGCCCGCAGACGCCCAGAGCUAACCCUGGUGCAGCCAGUGCGCAACGGCAUCGUGGUGGACUGGGACGCGGCCGAGCUCAUCUGGCGCCACCUGCUGGAGCACGACCUCCGCGUGGCCACUCGGGACCAGCCGCUUCUGUUCUCCGACCCGCCCUUCAGCCCCACCACCAACCGCGAGAAGCUGGUGGAGGUGGCCUUCGAGUCGCUGUGCUCUCCUGCCAUGUACGUGGCUUCCCAGUCGGUGCUGUCCGUCUACGCGCACGGGAGGAUCAGCGGGCUGGUGGUGGACACCGGACACGGGGUCACCUACACGGUGCCGGUCUUUCAGGGCUACAACCUGCCCCACGCCACGGAGCGCCUGGACCUGGCGGGCACGCACCUGACCGCCUUCCUGGCAGAGAUGCUGCUGGGCUCGGGCUUGACGCUGGGCCAGCAGGACCUGGACACCGUGGAGAACAUCAAGCACCACUACUGCUACGUGGCCCCUGACUUCCUCAAGGAGCAGGCCCGGCCGGAGCAGGAAUGCCGGCAGACCCUGGAGCUGCCCGACGGGCGGACGGUCACCUUGGGCAAGGAGCUGUUCCAGUGCCCGGAGCUGCUGUUCACCCCCCCGGAGAUGCCGGGGCUGGAGCCCGUGGGCGUCCCCAAGAUGGCCAAGCGGAGCCUUCACAAGGUGCCCCUGGAGGUGCGGGCCGACGUGGCCCAGAACGUGCUGCUCUGCGGGGGCUCCUCGCUCUUUCAGGGGUUCGAGGGCCGCUUCCGGGCCGAGCUGCUGCACAGUCUGCCCCCCGAGGCCCACGUGGUGGUGGCGGCGCAGCCCACCAGAAAAUUCUCGGUGUGGAUUGGGGGCUCCAUCCUGGCCUCGUUGCGCGCCUUCCAGUCCUGCUGGGUCCUGCGGGAGCAGUAUGAGGAACAGGGGCCCCACAUCGUGUACCGCAAAUGCUACUGACUCCGGUUGGCGGCGUGGGGGCUGGGGGUGGGGGUGGGGGGAGGCAGUAAAGCUUCCGAUAC